AUGCCGCCGAGUACGAGACGAACGAGAAGCAAACCGGACCCUGUCGAGGAGGAAGAAGUCGUCGUGGAGACGCGGCAAUUGGUCACCUCACCACCAGCCCGGAUCCUGAUCCACCCUGAUACGCAAGACUCUCUACGAAUAAUAACCCUCCCACAUCCCCGCACAUCCCUUCCAACCCGCUACCUCCUCUCCGGCCCCACCUCCCCCUCCCUCCACGAACUAACCAAAUUCUCCGACCCCUCAACAUCUACAUCCCGUUCCUGGUUCAUCGGCUCCACGGUCCAGCAGAAUGGGACGCUCUACAUCGCGACGCCUAUCGACCCUAUCUUCCUCCUACUCCCGCAUCUGGACAAAGUGCGGGGAGCGAGUGUGGAUGAGGGCAGCGUGGGGAGGUACUUGACGAUCGAUGAUCUAGAGGAGUCGGUACCAUCCCUACUACGGCCAUUCUUGACGGAGGAGAAUUUGCGACAAUGCUGCUCCACCCUCAACGACGGCACUUUCUACCGCCUCUCCCCACCCCGCCUCCUCGCGCUCCUCACCCACAAAGCCCGGACGCUGGCCUCUAACCUCCCACCUACGAUCGAGAACGAGAUCGUGACCAAACAACUCGCGCCAUUCACAUUCGCCGCAGACGAAAACGGUGGUGCGAGUGAGGAGGUAAAGAGCCUGGCAAGACUAAAGGGCGCAAUGGAAUUCAUCUCAUCCUACCUCCCGCCGACAUGGUCAGCCCACUGCCUCUCCUCCCACUCGUUCGCACCACUCGAGGAUUACUUGGCCGAACUUAAGAAACAGCGAUCUGACGCACUCGCGGCUGCAGCGGCGAAUUCGGAUAUGAGUGCGAUGACCGGUAAUAAGCGAUCAGCGGAGGAUGUGGAAGCAGGAAAGGGAGGAGAUGGGAAGAAGUUGAAGAAGGCGACGAGUCAGGGGGUUGCGAAGUUGGCGAAGGCGAGUACGAGGGGGAUGAGUAAGUUGACGAGUUUCUUUGGGAAGAAGUAAGUAUGAGUUCCGGGAUUCGGGUUUCGGUAUGGUGCAUUGUGGUUACACAAGGGGAACAAGGGGACGGAUCUGGACAUGGACAUGUGGGGAG